AUGCCUACCAUAUACCACGCCCACGAGGCGCACGAUAGUACGCCGCCCCGUCCUAUCCAAGCCGUCCGUACUCCAACCGAAACUCGAAACCCAAUAGACUACAACCGUCCGCUGCCACCGCCGCCAGGAUCGUCCGUCGACAACUAUGACAUUCCAACUCUUCGCCGAAAGCCUCCUGCGGGGGAUGACACUUCGCCGUCGCAGGCACAUACACGAUCUUUUAGCCACCCCAUAUCCUCCUUCUUCGGGUCCAAGAAGAGCGAGAAGAAGAGUGCCACUCGUGGUGGAAACAAAGAGCACAGCUUAGAUGAGCAGAAGCCUGCGCAGACCGCCGCCACCGUGCCUGCAUUGAAGUCAAGUAAACCAGAGCCGGUAACCGGGAAGUGUAUGACUUGCGAUGCAACUGUCAGAUGGCCACAAGGUCUCAAGGUGUUCCGUUGCACGACAUGCCUCACCAUCAACGACUUGGAACCUUUUAUCGAAACGAUGAACGUUUCUGGACCUACUGUUCCAAUUCGAAGACCUGUGCCUAUCUCGUUGGAUCGUACUCGGUCGAUCAUAGAUCAUUGUCUUACUCGAUAUCUCGAGAGUCAACUACGUGACACCCAGAUGCCAAUAGCUAUAAGCGCUCCUACAGACGACCCGUCUCCCCUGCAUCAGAGUGAGAACGAUGGACUUUUCACGACAUCCUUCCACGAUGAAGACUCGCCGCCCCCGUCGCCUCGGCCGCUCUUGAAAGUCAGGAGUACGUCUGAUCCUUCUCUGACACCUCUCCGGUCGAGACGGCGCGAUGGCGGGUCGGUCCCAGCCACUGAUUCGGUGCCAACGGUUGCAGAAUGCCCCGAAAUGCCAACCAGAAUAACGCCUCCGCCCAUAAAUAACGAAACUAUGGCUACUUCACCAGCCCAGAAGGGCCAGAUACCCAUCUUCAAGGCUCUCGAAAACUACAUUGCUGACAGUUUCACUGGCUGCUCAGCCCUGAAUGCAUCCUUCUUCACGCUCAGACCUCAGCAGGAACAAAGACCAUCAACAUCGGAACGCGUGCCCAGGCGGCAGUAUUCAGAACCUGUAUCCACACCGCCUUUGGAACAGGAUGUGUUUCUUUCAGAUCUGGACGCUAAAACGCUUCUCGUGGGUGACUUUGCAGAGAACGGGUCCUGGUGGACAGGAGGCCGAUCAUGGAGUCCUGAGAAGGAGGGUGGUCGAAAUCGCCACGCCUCGCCGGAAAGAUGGAAAGGUAUCGUUUCAGCCCGGUCGCCUAGGAUUAGCUGGCCAGAUCUCGCAGAAUGGUAUAGGACGGUGAUCAAUGCAGGAGAGUUGUGGCGCAAAAAGUGGCACGAGAUCCGACGAGACCUCGACCCUUCAACAAACGAUACGUGGCUUUCCAUAUCACUGGAGCGCCUGGACCGAGAGAUCACAGACUCACAACUGCACUUACAAAGAAGCUUAUUGAAAUCGACCGAGAACCUCCUUAAGAGGCCCCGCAAGCCGAUGAAGCACCCGGAGGACUGCCGAUUUCUCCUCAUGCUACUGUUCAACCCGCUUAUCUAUCCAUCGGAAACUCAGCUCACAGGUAAUCCGAACAUCUCAACUCGACAAGUCGAGCAGCAUCAUACCAGACCCGCCCCAAGGGCAGACCACGCCUCUUCCAGAAGAAGAGCGCCAGGCUCAGGUCGUAGUGAGCGCAAUCUGGGACACCAUUCUGGCAUCAUUAAACGUGUGUUAGGUCUCAUCGCCAAUCUUCCAAAUGAGAUUCACCAGAUCAUGGUAUCGUGGGUAUCUCGAUUAGCGGACGCCCACUUUCAGCGCACUGUCGAACUCGUGGGCGGCUUUGUCACAUAUCGGCUGUCCCGGCAACAGAGGAGACCGACUGCCGAGCCAAACGAUCCGACAGCAGGGUUGGUCCCUAGUUUCUCCAAUAGAGAAGUGAACCAUCCUUCUCGUCUUCAUGCGGCACUGGACGCUCGUGCGUCUACAGGCUCCACAAGAACAUCGAGCGGUAAGCCGCAACUCUCUGGCUACGGCGAGGAUUGGCAAAUCAGAUCAGCUUCCAGGGUCAUGGCACUGUUGUUUUCAGCCAACCUGGGGCACUCUUCACGAAAACGAGAGCUUCCAGCGCAUGCAGACCAGCGAUUGGGCAAUCAUGUACUGAACGCCACCUACCAUGCGCAUGCACAUGGUCAGAUCGUACCGGUCAGCAUUUUUUAUAAUUCGAUGCUCGACUAUGCCGACUUGAUUGCAGACUUCGAGGCGUGGGAGUCGACAAAGACGAAAUUCACCUUUUGCCAAUAUCCCUUCUUCUUAAGCAUAUAUGCAAAGAUUCAUAUACUAGAGCAUGAUGCUAGGCGACAAAUGGAAGGCAAAGCACGGGAGGCUUUCUUCGACAGUAUACUGAGCCGCAAAGCUGUGAGUCAAUUCCUGGUGCUGAGAGUCCGACGGGACUGUCUAGUCGAGGAUAGUUUGCGAAAUGUGAGCGAGGUUGUUGGAUCUGGAGGCGGAGACAUCAAGAAAGGCCUGCGCAUUGACUUUGUCGGUGAAGAAGGCAUCGAUUCGGGUGGUCUACGAAAAGAAUGGUUUCUGCUGCUUGUCAGAGAGAUCUUCGACCCAACUCAUGGACUCUUCGUUUACGAUGAAGACUCGCAGUACUGUUAUUUCAACCCGUAUUGCUUCGAAUCGUCGGAACAAUUCUUCCUAGUUGGAGUACUACUGGGUUUGGCAAUCUACAAUUCAACAAUCCUGGAUAUUGCCUUCCCUCCAUUCGUCUUUAAGAAGAUGUUGGCUUCGGCGCCGUCUGCAGGCGAUAAGCUCACUUCCACACCCAAGAUCUCACACGGCUAUACACUCGAAGAUUUGGCCGAGUUCCGUCCUGCAUUGGCUAAGGGGUUGCGUCAACUCCUAGAUUUCGAAGGAGACGUCCAGGAGACGUUCUGUCGCGACUUCGUGAUCGAGAUGGAUCGUUACGGGGAGAAAGUCGAGGUUCCCUUGUGUCCUGGUGGUAGUACCCGCGCUGUGACCAACUCAAAUCGCAAGGAAUUCGUCGACUCGUACAUUCGAUACAUGCUUGACACAGCAGUCGCACGUCAGUACGAGCCAUUCAAACGAGGUUUCUUCACGGUCUGUGGAGGUAACGCUUUGUCGCUCUUUCGGCCCGAGGAAAUCGAGCUCCUCGUGCGUGGAUCCGAUGAACCUCUCGACAUUGGCAGUCUGCGCGCAGUCGCUGUGUACGAGGGCUGGUCGAAGUCCAAGGAUGCACCGCAGCCAGACCGCCAGCCCCAGGUAAUAUGGUUUUGGGAUUUCUUUGCGCGUGUGUCACCUACCGACCAGCGCAAGAUCCUGAGCUUCAUUACGGGCAGCGACCGAAUCCCUGCUUUGGGUACGACAAACCUUAUCAUCAAGAUAUCUUUACUCAGGGAGAAAGAAGACCCGAUGGACGGCAAGGGCUGGAAGGAGCCGGAAAGGUUUCCGAUCGCCAGAACGUGCUUCAAUAGCAUCGGUCUAUAUCAAUACGGAAGCCGGAAGAAACUAGAGGAGAAGUUGUGGACGGCUGUUACGGGAAGUGAGGGCUUUGGAUUGAAAUGA